GUUACGAGAUUGCGAAAGUAACUAUUUGUCAGGCGCCUGUAAUGAUUCUGUUAUGGGUGUCAGCAUUUUUAGUGCACUUGGCUCUGAUCUUGUACAUAGCAUUACCGUUGAUUGUAGAGAAGUUUCCUGCUUUUUGUCGGCGACUAGUUUUUAAAACACACAGUGGACCUAGCUUUGGUUCCCGAGUUUAUACACACUUUGAAUCUGUGGACAUCCCUAGUGGGCAUGGCCACAAUUUCUACAUCGCUUCUCUAGAUGACAAAGCUCUGUUAGGAGUAUGGCAUAUUCUUCCAUCGAAUAAUGAAGAAAUUAGUGCUACCGAUUCACGGAGUUAUGAAGAAAUAAUGAAUUCAUUGCCUAAUGAUUUGCCUGUAUUUAUUUAUUUCCAUGGCAAUUCUAAAUCAAGAGCUAUUCCUUGGAGGGUAAACAUUUACAAACUAUUGUCAUCUCUUGGCUAUCACGUUUUUUGUUUCGAUUACAGAGGUUAUGGCGAUUCAACUGGGUCAUUAACUGGAGAACAUGACUGUCUACUGGAUAGUUUAACAGUUUUUCAAUUUGUUUGUAAACGGUUUCCUUCAGCGCCGAUUUUCUUUUGGGGUCAUUCACUUGGUACUGGGGUUGUCGGUUGUCUUAUGGAUCAUUUAAAUAAAGAGCAUGAUUCUUUACCAAAUAUUCGUCUUCCAAAAGGUAUUAUUCUCGAUGCCCCAUUUACAUGCUUAACUGAUGUGAUACAUCACAGAAUAUUCAUGAAGCCUUAUCAAUUAAUGCCAACUUUACAAGAACGAUUUGUAUCGGCUAUGAACAAAGUAAAAUUGUCAUUUAAUACACAGUCUAACCUAAUAAAUUGUCCCAUUCCGAUAGUCAUAUUACACGCUGAAGAUGAUGCUGUUGUGCCAUUCACUUUAGGAAAAAAGGUAAUCAUUAUAACAAUUUCAUUUGAUAAAAUACUUAACGAAUUCAUAUUUCUUUGUUGAUUUUCGGAAAAGAAAAAUAUCAUGUUGAGUGAUUACACUGGGUUUUGAUUGUGUUUACUCGGGUGUUGUUAAUCACUCAAUGUAUGUUUUUUUUGUCGAAAUCAUUCAUUAACGAAAUUUGUUAGUUCUGAUUUUGAGAUUUGAUAAAAGAUAUAAAUUAAGAAAGAGUUGAAUAAAUAUGAUCGAAGGUCUUAUGACUCAAAGUUAUUGGUUCUUUUAUCAUCAUGAAAAGUUUUCAUUAGUUAUUUUAUCAGUGUAGAGCAUGAAUUUAGUCUGUUAUGUCUAAGCUUUUAUUUGUCAUUAUAAUUCACGAAUUGAAGAAAUCCCUCAAAAGUAGUAUCUGUAAAAAAUAACUUAAAUUCCACCUAAGAUCUGAUAGUAAUGCUUUAAUUAUGACUCAGUAAAAAAUAAUGUGGUUGACAAUGUUGAUAUUAUGCAUCUAUUAUAUAAAUAUUUCACAUUAUACUGUACGAAAAGAAUAUGCUAGACAAGGUGGAAAUUAAAUAUUGUAAAUAGAAAAAAGUGGGAAAAAAUCAUUUGAUCAAUAAGUAAAUAAAUACAGUAAUAAAUAAAUCAUAUGCUUCAAUAAAUACUACAAUCGAGAUAAGGUUCACUUUAUACAUGCGAAGAAUUUACUAGAAAACCACGGAAAGAAUUCUCCCAGCUUCAGUUCUGAGCCAUGUCUAAUAGCAUCCCAUACCACUGAAAUUGAUGAUCUCUUGGGUUACAAUUAAAAAGUCGUAACCGACUUACAGAUGCUGGGCCUAUAUAAAUUUUGUACCAUGGCUUUAUGCCAUUCACUGACUAUCUUCAGGCUUUUUCUGAUCAUUUCUGGUUUCAGCACAUAAUGUGCCAUUAAUUUGAUAUCAAGAUUAUUCUAUUCUCCACCAGAUAAACCUUUCAUGUACACCAAUCCACUGUAAACACUAGAAAUUCAUUUUUAUUCUUUUAUAUUUGCAUGAAUAUCUAUCUUGUGUGAAGCCAGAGGUAGUGUUUAUCGUGGACAGACAAUAAACACUCCGUCACUUGACAGCAUUUAAUGGGCGGAAAAGACCUCUUUACACUCUCGAUUUUACUAAGACAUUUGAGGAAAUUUAAAAUAACUACCACCGGUGAAAUCAGGUAAACAUUGUUUCAAGAAUUUGAGUAAUAAAAGCUAGUCACUAAGGAAAAACAACGUUUUUGUUGCUAUAUUCACCUGAAUUUCCAAGGCUAAAUAUUUUGAAAGUAUUGUUAAUUCUCUUUAUCAUAACAGUUCUUUAUUGAUAUUGACCUGAAUUUUUCUGUGUUGAACUAUUACUUUUAUGAAUAAUAACAAAUAACUAUAGCUUGCUGAAAUUCUUUCAACUAAUGGUACUUCAGUAUUCUUCAAGCCGUACGAAGGCAAACUCGGUUACCGACAUAAUUUUAUUCACACAGCACCAGAUCUUCCGGAUAUUAUUACGUAAGUACUUUAGUGGACGAAAACUCAGGUGGGAACAACCAAUUUAUCAUUUAAUGCAAAAUUACAGAGUUCUUUCGUAAAAUGUGAAAAACCAUACAUUAAAUGCCUCAUUUGCAAAUCUUCCAUGAAUUGUCUCAAACUUCAUCGCUAUUAAAAUUACUCUCUUCUUAAUUCCACGUUCUUUUCAAGUCUAUCUUCGCAACCUUCUGCUGCCAGUCAUUCCACUUCUGAUCGGUGUCACAUACUACUUAUGUCCAUCAACAUAAGUAGCACUCACCGUAUUACUAGCGUUUUUUAAUGUAUGAGGAAUUAAUGUGUUUAACUUGGAACACCUUGAAUUAAGAUAUUUAGUACAGCAUGCUUAAUGUAUGAAGUAACACCGUUUGAUCAGUUCAUUUAACACGCAUCUUAACAUAAUUAAUUUCUUUGGCUGUUAACUGAAGUGUUUAAUUUUCAAAAUGAGGUUGCCUAUGGGUUCAUUGUUAAUAUCAGGAUAAGCAACUCAAUAAACUAAUAAUUUAUGCACACAUAAUAUUUUAGUCAAGUAAUAAUGACAGUAAUGAAUUUUGCACGGAAUAUUUGACAGGUAAAUGAAUUUCUGAAACAAAUGGGACUGAAAACACCAACGAUCGAAUCCUUGUUGACUUCCAAAAAAAUGUUAAUUCCAACGUAAAUAUAUUGCUGCACUCUGUAAGCAGAAGUAAAAUGUAGGAUUUAAAAUUAUACAUUUUUCUUAGGUUUGUCAAAUAAAGUUAGUUAUGGCUGGUUUUAUUUAUUGAAUAAACUAGUGAGAUAUCUAGUUCAUUUACCGAAAACAUGUUUCAGAUGAAUGAUCAAUAGUUACAGUGAAGGGUUUAGGUAGUUGGAAUUCCGGAAACCACUUUUUUAGGCGCUUGAUUUAAUAACUUCAAUAUCAUCUUAUCAUAUUCAAUUUCAAACGAAAAACGCAAUUAUUGUCCAUUUAGUAUAAUACUCAACUCCGCCUGUAGCUCUUAUAGGGUUGCUGCCGGUCCCAAGCCCGAGUAAAGGAGGAGGGUUGGGCAUGGGAUUAGCGUCCCCAUCCCGUAGAAAACUAACUCGCUAAAAAAACGCUUACCAGAAAAAAUAAUCCAAACCAUUUUAACUCUGCCCUGGGAGUUAGAAGGUCUUCAUUUAGAAGAAUUAUGACGCUUCAUGGUGAAAGCCGAGUUCCUUCGGAAGCCACGAGGCCGAUGCCCCUUCUAACAACCAGAGGAAAAAUUUUUAUAGGUACAUGGAACGUUCGAACAAUGUGGGAAACCGGGAAGACCAGUCAAAUAUCAAUGGAAAUGAGGAGAUACAACUUAGCAGUACUGGGAAUCAGCGAAACCCACUGGACCCAAGCUGGACAGAAAAGGCUAGCUACGGGAGAGAUGCUGCUAUACUCCGGUCACGAAGAGGACAAUGCUCCACACACUCAGGGAGUCGCUCUUAUGCUGUCCAAAGUAGCACGAAAUGCACUUGUAGGAUGGGAAUCUCACGGAUCCAGAAUCAUCAAAGUAUCAUUCAAAACAAAGAAGGAGGGGAUCACAAUUAAUAUUAUCCAAUGUUAUGCACCCACCAAUGAUAGCAACGACGACAUGAAAGAUCAAUUCUACGAGCGGCUGCAAUCAAUCAUUGAGAAGUGUCCAAGAAAGGACCUCACCAUUCUGAUGGGAGAUCUAAAUGCCAAAGUCGAAAUAGACAACACUGGAUAUGAAUAUAUCAUGGGAUGACAUGGACUGACUGGAAGAGAGAAACGAAAAUGGAGAAAGAUUCGCAAAUCUGUGUGCAUUCAACAAAUUGGUCAUAGGAGGCACAAUAUUUCCACACAAACUUAUACACAAAGCUACAUGGAUCUCACCGGACCACACUACAGAGAACCAGAUAGAUCAUAUUUGCAUCAACAAAAAAUUCCGAAGGACAAUGGAAGAUGUGAGAACCAGGAGAGGUGCUGAUAUAGCUUCAGAUCACCACCUAGUUGUAUCCAAUUUAAAACUGAAGCUAAAGAAAAACUGAACAGCUGGACAAACAGUAAUACAAAAGUUCAAUACAGCCUUCCUUCGAGAUACUGACAAACUCAAUGAAUUCAAGAUAGCUCUCAACAACAGGUUACAACCCUUACAGGAUCUACUGAAGGAAGAAGAAACUACUAUGGAGGACAACUGGAAAGGUAUCAAAGAAGCAUUAACCUCAACGUGUCAAGAGGUUGUGGACCUCAAGAAGAAUCACCAUAAGGAAUGGAUCUCUACAGAAACACUGGACAAGAUCAAAGAAAGGAAGAACAAGAAGUCAGCAUUAAACAACAGCCGAACACGAGGAGAGAAAGUCCAAGCACAAGCUGAAUACAUAG